CCCAACGAGACUGCCGCGAUGUACUACUCCGAACUCGUGCGCUCGUCGCUUUGUGACGGAGAGUUCCAGCAGCAGGAGCAUGCGUUCCAGAUGGGGUGUCCCAGUCGGGACAGGACGGUGGCGGUGUUUGACUGGGACGACACCUUGUGUCCAAGCACGUGGCUGCAUAGUCAAGGCCUCCUUCCCGCCUACAGGGGACACAAUGUUGCGUUGAGCGCACUUGUUCGCCAAGUGCUCGCUGCUCUCGAAGUGCGCAUUUGUGCGCUUCUGACCAAAGCCUUGACGUACGGCCCAGUCUUUGUCGUGACUGCAGCCGAAACGGGAUGGGUCGAGAUUGCGUGUUCGUUGUACCUGCCCGCGGUCAACAACUUGCUGAAAAUGUCGGACGAAAUUCACAUCGUGUCCGCGCGCAGUUGGUUCGAACGAACAUUUGGCAGUGGCGGCGACGCGCGGCGGUGGAAACUCGAGACGCUCGGGAUGAUCGCGUCGAAAUGCUUCGGGAACCGCCCGGGGUGGGGCAAUCACAGUCUCAUCUCGGUGGGGGACUCGUUGGCGGAGCGGGACGCAUGCCACGCCGCCGUGCAUGUGAUUCCCGAGACGGCGCUCCUCGCCAAGACGCUCAAGUUCAUCGAACACCCCGACAUCGGGGACAUCUUGAAGCAAGUGGACCUGGCGUUUAUGAGCUUUGACAACAUGUGCGCGUACGACAACCAUUUGGACUUGCGAAUAUCGCUGGAUCAUUUACAUGCAACUACAUACUAGAUGAACUCUAAUUUAUUUUGGC